UUGCAUGAUAUUUUUUUAGUAAUUGGUAUCUUAAUAGGUGAGGGAUGGACGUUUGAUGAUGCUAAAAAAUGGAAGUUCUCUGGCAAAACUAUCAUUCGUUCAGGCUCACUUAGUACCCUCUCUUGUCAGAACACUGUAAUUUGUAGCUUUACCUGUACUUCCGUUGAAGUUUGUUUGGAUACAUCAAUCAAAUGUUUUACAGAAGGGAACGAAACCUUCAAUGGAUUGGACUUUUUAGAUUUCCUUGUAGAAUUCCACUUACAUGAGGUCACUGUGCAACAGAGUGGCGGAUAUUACAUUCAAAUGUCUGCUUACAAUUCCGAAAACAUUGCAAUGAAUCUAAUGGCUCUAAAAGAAUCGCUACUAUGGAACAAGGUUAGCCCUUUCUUCAACAAAAUUUGGAGACAGGUUAUAAUUUUUGGCAGAAAUGGUGGUGUUCAAAGACUGGGAUUGUCAAAAUUAAAUUUAUAUCAAAUUAUCACGUUAUUGUCUGAACAGGAAGAGCAGGCAGACUUUGUAUGGUUCGACGAUGACAUGAUCACCACCGAUGUGUUACAACGAUUAAAAACUUUAAGCCGAAUUGAUACUGUAAUAGCAGCAUUUUUGUACGCGAAUGUCCAGGACAAUAUCGACUUUAUAGAGCAGUUAAACCAGCAUAACGUUUCUUAUGAAAAACUCCUAAUUUUUUUGCCUUUGCUCAGUUUUGGAUCUGGAAGUGCAGAAAAGCUUUUACUUAGCAAGAAAUUACCGUAUGAUAAAAUUGUGAUUAUAACAGACAGAAUAAAUGAUGAAGAAAGAACCACCAACGGUUGGAUGGACAGUGGAACUGCUGAAAAUGAGCUUCUCCGAAGUGAAGGAAUGUGGUUGUAUUUAAAACUGGUCAAUGAAAUCUAUGGUGCUUUUGGGGAGUUGAGAUGUGUCACUGCUCAAGAAGCAAUUCACUUCUUUUACAAUUCUAUCCAUAAUGGUCCAUUUAUAGAUAUCUGCAUCAGCAGGCAUGGGUUUCGUCUUCAGCCGUUUGUUGCUAAAAUUGUUCAGAAGUCAGGGAUGGAAGAUUAUUUGACAAUUCAACUGACAAGAAUUUGCAGUGGCUUUAUUUCUCCAAUUUGCAAUUUUAAGUUUGUUGUAAGCGACUUACUGCAUCAUUCAGUUUCAAAGCGGGGAGUUUCUGUAGUGAACUGCGAUCUAAAUCCUGAGCUUUGUGAUCAUGCCAAUCAGACAGAGGUUGUCAUUAUCAUUGCUGGGGUUAUGAUUGCUAUAGUUUUGAUCGUGGCAGGGCUUUUUCUUUAUCGGAAGUUAAAAAUUGGUGAGUCCUCCCAAAUGCCUUGGGCAGUACCAUUUAGCGUCUUAAAAAUUAUGGAUUUCGAUAUAGGAAUUUCAGUAAGUCUUUUCAAUGUUUUCUGACU